AGCAACUAGAAUAGAGUGAAUUUUGGUACGUCCGUGAGAGCAAGUGCAAUAAUAAAUAUAAAGAAGAGAGAGAGAGGGGGGGAGAAAGGAGGGCAAAGGAAAAGAAAGGGAGAAAAAAUCUACAAAUCCAAUUGCCUUAUCUCUUGGUCUUCUUUCUUUGCCUUUAUUAAUUUUCAAAUAUUUCUUUUUCUUUCAAGAAAAGAACGUCUUGUCAACCACCCAAAGCCGCGCAGUCGCUGGGCGGUUCCGGCUUGAGCUUAACCUUUCUCUCCUCCUCCCUUCAACCCUUGUCAGAUCACCUCAAAUUUCUCAGUUUAUCUCUUGUUUUUAUGAUUUCUUUUGGCUAUCCUUUUUGAUCUUCUCUUUAGCAUGAGCAACUCGUGGUGCAAUUUCACUUCAAGGCCUCCGUGACAUAAAACUGCAAAGAAUUUCAAUAUUCCCUAUUAAUACAAAGUUCAAGUCUACUCGAUUUGAUAUGAAAAUGGAAAAGCUUCUUGCAGUUAGAUGAGUAGGGUCUCUAGCUAUCCUCUUUAGGAUUUCUAUUCCUUUAUACUUACUUCUUUCUUUAGGGUUUUACGUUUUCUUUGUCUUGGCUUCAAUUUCCAGCAAGAGAGAGAAUUUUUUGGCUUGUUUAAGCUCACCUGGGUCUGUCGAAAAUUCACAACAAGGAAAAAUGGAAGAAUAUAAUCAGCUAAACGAGAAUAAUACUCCAAGGGGAAAUUUCUUGUACGCAUCUCCAGUUCUUGCACCAAAUUCUUCUCCAUACGGGAGAGCAAGUAGCGGCUCUAACGUCAGUAAUCAGCAGGCCCAGAUGCCUCUAACCUCCUUUCAUCUUCAAUCGAGCGAGUGCUACCAAUCCGAGGCACACCCAAUUGUGAAAACUGAAGCAAGCACCUCGCAACAUGGCCAAAAAUUUCACUACCCUUUAUUGAGAGGGCAUCAAGCAAUUCAUCACCAGCAAGAAGGGAACGAAAGCUCCAGUACUGAAGUAGAAGCUAUUAAAGCCAAGAUCAUUGCUCAUCCUCAGUACUCUAACCUGUUGGAAGCUUACAUGGAUUGCCAAAAGGUAGGAGCCCCGCCUGAAGUAGCAGCCCGGCUAGCAGCUGCUCGACAAGAGUUUGAGGCAAGGCAGCGAUCAUCGGUGACAUCAAGAGACAACUCUAAAGACCCGGAACUCGAUCAGUUUAUGGAAGCUUACUAUGACAUGUUAGUGAAAUAUCGCGAGGAACUAACGAGGCCAAUACAAGAAGCAUUGGAUUUCAUGCGGAGAAUCGAAGCUCAACUGAAUAUGCUCAGCAAUGGUCCCGUGCGGAUCUUCAACUCUGAUGAGAAGUGUGAGGGUGUUGGUUCUUCUGAGGAGGAUCAAGACAAUAGUGGUGGAGAAACCGAACUGCCUGAAAUUGAUCCACGUGCUGAAGAUCGAGAACUGAAGAACCACCUAUUAAGGAAAUACAGUGGUUACUUAAGCAGUCUCAAGCAAGAACUCUCCAAGAAAAAGAAGAAAGGGAAACUACCCAAAGAAGCUAGACAGAAAUUGCUUAGUUGGUGGGAGUUACACUACAAAUGGCCAUACCCUUCAGAGACGGAGAAGGUGGCAUUGGCUGAAUCAACUGGUUUGGACCAGAAACAAAUUAAUAAUUGGUUCAUAAAUCAAAGGAAGCGUCACUGGAAACCUUCUGAAGACAUGCAAUUCAUGGUGAUGGAUGGUCUCCAUCCACAGAAUGCAGCUCUCUAUAUGGAUGGUCACUACAUGGGUGAUGGUCCUUACCGUUUGGGCCCUUGAUAAUGUGCAAUACAGCAUUAAAUUACCUUCUGCCUGUAUCUGUGAGUGUUUGUUUAGUUACAUUGCAGUCAAAGUAUAUGAGAUCUAUAGUCUUCCCUUGUUUUCUUUCA